AUAAUUUAAAAAAAAAAAAAAAAAAACAUGAGAAGGUAUAUAUUGUAGGUAUCUUAAUAAUUGAUCAUGCACCAUAUGUCAAAGAUUUACUUAGAUUCACACGUACACUCAAACCGCAAUUCUUUUGUCUAUAUAUACCAUCUCAUUUUUCACUUCUCAAUAUAUCCAAAAAACACCCUAAUUAUAUUAAUUAUUUACAAUCCAAACCCCUCUCUCAAAUGGCAACAUUAAUCCCUUGUCCUAAUUCGUCUUCGAAUUUCGUACUUCUCCUUAUCUUUCUAAUUAUAACCAAUUCGAUCUGCAUUUCGGGCGAUAUUACAAUCCCGAACGAAAUCAUAUCGAGUAGCAAACUCCGUAAAGAUCCCGCUUCCAUUACAACGGCUUCUAACGACUACGGAAACCUAGUUCAAGAACCUCCCCCACUAGUCCUUUACCCUUCGUCCGUCGACGACGUAAUCAAUCUCGUUAAGUUCUCGAACAACAUUUCGGCUCCGUUCACCGUCGCCGCCAGAGGCCGUGGCCACUCCGUCAGAGGGCAGGCCACCGCCGCCGGCGGGGUGGUGGUGGAGAUGUCUUCUCUGAGUAGUGGUGAUCAAGUUAGUAAUGAUGGGAUUAGGGUUUCUUGGGAUUCUUCGUUAGGGUGUUACUAUGCAGAUGUUGGUGGAGAGAAAAUGUGGGCCGAUGUUUUACGGGCCGGGUUGGAAUACGGGCUUGCGCCCGUUUCUUGGACGGAUUAUCUGUACUUGACCGUCGGAGGGACACUCUCUAAUGGCGGGAUUAGUGGGCAGUCGUUCUUACAUGGCCCUCAAAUCAGCAAUGUUCUUGAAUUAGAUGUUAUUACUGGCAAAGGGGAUUUCGUGACUUGCUCGAAAGACGUAAAUCCCGAGCUGUUUUUCGCAGUUCUUGGCGGUCUCGGGCAGUUCGGCAUCAUAACUAGAGCAAGGAUUGUCCUCGAAAAAGCACCAACUAGAGUGAAAUGGUUGAGGUUGAUUUACAGUGAUUUUACGAUAUUCACAAGAGACCAAGAGCAUUUGAUUUCGAGCAGUGUUCCGGAUUACGUGGAGGGUUCCCUAAUUACAGACAAGAGCCCUCCAAACAAUUGGAGAUCUUCAUUUUACUCCCCUUCACAUUACUCCAAGAUUAUUUCUUUGUUAAAUACCAAACAAGGCCUCCUCUACUCCAUCGAAGUCGUCAAGUAUUACGACGAACAAACUGCCGAUUCCGUCGACCAGGAAAUUGAAGUGUUAAUGAAUGAGUUGAGCUACACUCGCGGCUUCAUUUUCAAGAAAGAUGUCGGUCUGAUUGAUUUUCUUGGUAGAGUUGAAAAUACAGACAACAAUAAUAUUCAUCAAAAAAGCUCUGCAAAAGCAGCUGCUUCCGUACAUCCAUGGCUGAAUUUGUUCGUACCAAAAUCAAGAAUACUAGAUUUCAAUGCUGGUGUUUUUGUCGACAUCAUUGCCAGGCAUAACCACUCCUCCGGCCCCAUCCUCUUCUACCCUUUUCACAGAAUAAAAUGGGAUGAACGAAUGUCUGCAGUGAUACCAGAUGAGGAGAUAUUCUACACACUAGGACUACUGCAUUCGUGUGGGGCCCACGAGGCUGGGAUUUAUGAGGAAUUAAAUAAAGAAAUAAUAAGAUUCUGUGAGGAAAAUGAAAUUAAUAUUAAACAGUAUCUUCCACACUACAAAUCCAAGGAAGAUUGGAUGAAACAUUUUGGUCGGAAAUGGAACACUUUUCAAGAAUUGAAAACGAAGUUCGAUCCCAGAUUGAUUUUGUCUCCUGGCCAAAGAAUUUUCACUUCUGCAGACUUAUCAGAUAUUUAAUUAAUUAAUUAAUUAAUUGGAGAGGAGAUUUAAGUUUUGUAGAAUAAUUAAUUAGGGUUCAUUAGUGAUCAUGUGGUAAUUAGUUUUAUGUAUGUUUACUAUAUGUCAUUGGCAUGGGAUUGACUAAAUAAUUAUUAUUGGGAUUCUAAUUUUGGUUUAAGCACAUAUUAUUAUCUCUAAUUAAAAUUGUCUUCACCUUUU